AAAGACAGAACUAGAAAUAUCCAGAUGGCCGACAAUGGAGGACGUAAAUGGAGCAAUGACCGGACUUCUCCAUGUUUGGUCAGUUUAUCAACAGGACGCUGAUGACGUCAUGGCUGGAAUCAUGUUUGGUAUGCCGUCUAAACCGCUGUCAUCUGAAGACAUGCUUAUUCUAGCUGAGCAUGCGCGGAAAUUUAAGUUUUUUGUUGAAGAAAUUGCUCUCCGCCAGGAAUAUUUGAAACGCGUACAGUUGGAAGGCAAAGAACGAAUAAAGUUCAUAUCAAAGAUUGCACAGGCAUACCACAAUAUCAAGAUGUCAAAGGCUGCUGGGAAAAUACUAUCGCCUUUUCUAUUAACAGAUUACAGACUGAUUAAGCCGCGUUUGAUAAAGUACGAAACGGAGGCAAGGCAUGAGAUUUCAUCGACAGACACAUUGAAUAUAAAACGUACUCUAUCCGGCACAGAACAGCUUUGUCAAAGCGAAACAAAGACUUCCAAAGAACAAUCCAAACUGUAUUGUACUCUACGGAGAACUGAAAUUCCAUAUUACGUGGUCAAAGAGGAAGUUCUCCAUGUUCGACCGCGGGUGUUGCUAUUCCAUGACGUCAUAUCCGAUGACGACAUUAGAAAUUUGAAGAAAACCACCAUUCAACAGCUUUAUUCGCCGUCUGAAAUAUACUUCAACGACGCAGGAAUGACAAUAUACCAAUUAAAAGACAGAAAAUUCAAGAGGUUAUCGGACAAAUUGAGCAGAAGAAUGUCUAGGAUAACGGGACUGAGCAACCAACUAAAACCCAUUCAAACCGACGCUGAGAAUUUUCAGGUGAUACAUUAUGGACCGGGCGGACGGCUUCCUGAAAUCAGUGACUGUAGGACGGAAUCCCUGUGGACCUGUACAGAACAUGACCAGUUGCCUCUAGCUCCUUAUGUACGAUAUUCGGGAGACAAUAUAGCAACCUGGAUCACAUUUUUGAAUGAUGUCAAAGAAGGUGGCGCCACAAUAAUGCCAGCCCUCAAAGUUCGGGUCCCUGCUGUUAAGGGAGCUGCUUUAUUUUUCUACAAUUACAAACGCAGUGGUGACUGCGAUUUACGUACUCAAUACAGAACGUGCCCUGUGGCUUUAGGAACCAGGUGGGAUGCUGUGAAAUUGAUCAAACAAGGUGGACAAGUGUUCCGAAGACUAUGUGACACUUCCAUGGACUCCAAAGAUGACUAAUUCUCUUGUAAUUUAUAAUCAAUCUGUCAUGUGCAGUGGUUUUUAAUGAA